GGAAAUCACGUCUCCAUACGCAGAAUUUCUCCUUCUUUCUUUGUAUUUUCUUUAAACUGCUCCUUCGCGAUUCCAUAGCUCGACUCUUGUCGUCUUCUUCGUCUCCCGUCAAGGUUUUACCCCCAUGGAAGGAAGCUUCUUCAGAUCUGAUGCUCAACCGGCUCAUGAUGACGGCUUUGUAGUCAAGCAAAAACCUAAUCCCGUCUCUGGUCCUACGGCAGUUAAAGCCAACGACACUGUCUGUUUUGAUUGCAACAUAUGUUUAGACACGGCACAUGACCCAGUUGUCACCCUCUGUGGACACCUUUUCUGCUGGCCUUGCAUCUACAAGUGGUUCCAUGUCCAAACAUCUUCCGUCUCCAGUGAUCAGCAGCAGAAUUGCCCAGUUUGCAAGGCUACCAUCUCUAUCGGUUCUUUGGUUCCCCUAUACGGAAGAGGCAUGUCUUCCUCCACGUUCGCCCCCAAAAAACAAGACCCAGAAAACAUGAUCAUACCCCGGAGACCGUCCCCUACCGCUCUAAACAAUCUGACCACUUCGGCUCCGGCCCUGAACCCAAACUUGCAGCCUCCUCAGUCUCUGCAACAUUCCCCUCGUCACAAUGGUGGCAGCUUCACAACAAUGGAAACGACAGAUCUUGCCAACGCAGUGAUGACGAGUUUUGUCAACCCAGUGAUCGGAAUGUUUGGAGACAUGGUGUAUACGCGUAUAUUCGGGACAUUCACAAACACUUUAGCUCACCCUUCUUACCGAAACCCGAACUCCAUCGGUGGGAACAACCACAGGAUGAGAAGACAGGAGAUGCAGAUCGAGAAAUCCCUUAAUCGGGUCACCAUCUUUCUCCUCUGCUGCAUCCUCCUCUGCCUCCUGUUGUUCUGAACCCUAUCCCCGUCAUCUUCUAGCUCCGUUUUGUUGUAGUUUGUAAUGUAAAUAUUCUGGUGAGUGAACUGUAAAAGUCACUGUGGUGUGGCAUAGAAAGCACUACAGACCAUAUUGUUUGGAUUAGGUCUAUUGCUGGCCACUGGUGGAUUGUUAUGUAUCGUCUACUUGCUUACACAUAUACAUACAUGAACAUCUGUAUAUACUUUCAUGCAUUGCUACACAUGCUUGAGAGGCCUAUACACGAUUCCAUUUAUCCUAUCCUA